AUGUCUUUUUCCACCCAAAAAAAGAUCUACAAAGCCAAAGAGCAUGUCAGGAAGGCCGUUAUGUACUGGCCCUUGGUUUUUGUCCAAGACAUGGACCAGUAUGUGGAGAUGCUGAGGGAGGAAGUAGUGAGUGGGACAGACACAAUAAGGGAGGGAAACAAUGCUGGGCAUAACUUCCACAUCCCCCAGCUCUUUCUGAGUGCCAUCACACAGUUUGGCAGAGGAGAGAACAAGGGAAGGGCUGUGGAUCCCUCCAUGAUUAGCUGGAAAUAUGAGACAGUGGAGGAAUCCGUCUGGUUUGAUCCCAGGAGACAGACACCUGAGAGGAGGGAUGCUCUGGACAACAGGUGGUGGUUGCAAAUGGUUCCACCUUGUCCUUGUACUUUUGCCACCAUGCCCAUCAAACCAGCACGUUUCAAAAGCCCCCCGGCACCCACCACUGGCAAAAGAAAGCGCAACCCUGCUCUCAUGACAGUGGUUUUGUCAAAGAGGGAAAAGAGGGCAGCUCCGUCCAGAGAACCCAGGGAGAUGGAUGUGAAUGCAAUCCAUCCUGGCCUUGGGUGGAUUGCCAGGAUGAGGGAGGCCACCCCCUCUCCUGCCAGGGAGGUUUUGGAUGCUGUGGCAAGGCUGCCAUUGCCAUCCCCCAGCCCCCUUCCCAUUUGUACCCAGGAGGCUGUUGACCCCCCCCCCCCCCGGACGUCACACUCUCUUGGUCCAACACUUUCUUCAAUUUCCUGUCCCCACCUUUCCGUCCCACCCCUAUUUCUCCUCCUGGCUCUCCCAACCUAUUCAAGUGGGAAGAAACACCUUCCCGGAACCCCUUGUCUAUCCCCCGGGCCUCCACCUUACUGGCUUUUUGAGGCCCAACAAGGGGAUUUGCCUCAGCCACCAAUGCCCCACACACCCCUAGGAGGUGAGGUCCCUAUUGCUGUCACUCCUCAAAGUGAUGGCCAGGACCUCAUAGACUUCAGCUUUACAUCCCCGGUUCCCAGCCACGUACAAUGGUUGUCCCCAGCACAGCAGUGGAGUCCGCCUCCUUCCUUGGAAGAAAGGGUAGCAAGGAUAGAAUGA